AUGUUAUCUUGUACUGGACUUAUUUCAAGCCUUGCUCUUCUAGUUGGCAGCACUGUCUUCGCCUUGGACCAAUGCACUCCUCGGGGUGGGGCUCAAAACGUUGUCUAUUGGGGACAAAAUGGAGGAGGAAUUGUCGAAAACAACAGUCUUGCCGCUUACUGUACCAAGGAGUCAGGUAUUGAUAUUGUUGUCCUCUCCUUCUUAUAUCAAUACGGAAACGGACUUAGGAUCCCUUCUGGAACAAUAGGCCAGUCAUGCUUUAUUAGUACCACUGGAGAGGGUCAGCAGUGCGACGACUUGGCUAGAGCUAUUGAUGUUUGCAAAUCAAACGGUAUUAAAGUUAUCAUUUCUCUUGGGGGUGGUUCUGGAGCUUAUUCACUGUCUUCUCGCGAGGAGGCGGAAACCAUUGGCCAGAACCUAUGGCUUGCCUACGGCAACUCUAAGUCUAAUAGCUCUAUCCCACGACCCUUUGGCAAGACCUUCGUUGAUGGAUGGGACUUUGACAUUGAAAGCAACAGUGGAACCCAAUUCUAUGAGUUCUUGAUCGCGAAACUUCGUUCCAACUUUGCUUCUGAUCGCGUUAACAAGUAUUUCAUUACUGGCGCUCCUCAGUGCCCGAUUCCCGAGCCCAAUAUGAACCAAAUCAUCACACGGGCUCAGUUUGACUACCUCUGGGUUCAGUUCUAUAAUAAUCCAGGCUGCUCUGUCGAUGGGACUAUUAAUUAUAACAGUUGGAAAAAGAAUAUUGCCAAUUCUCCCUCUUCUGAUGCCAAAAUAUUUAUUGGCGUUCCUGCUUCCCCUCUUGGAGCAACCGGCACUCAAAGCGGGGGGAAGUACUACCUGGAGCCUGAUCAGUUAUCUAAUUUGACACGCAUAUAUACCAACGAUCCCGCUUUUGGUGGAAUUAUGAUCUGGGCCGCUGGGUUUUCAGAUCAUAACGUUAACAAUGGGCGCACUUAUGCUCAGCAAGCGAAGUGUAUUUUAACUUCUGGGAAGACCUGUCAACGAGCUAAUUUCUUUACUUAA